CAACAGGGAGUGGAUAAGCACAAACAUUAUUCCCAAUCCUUAUCCUGUUUGCUUCAAUGGAAGUGAUUUCCGCUUCGAGCUUGAAUCCCAACGCUCCGAUGUUCGUGCCUCUCGCCUAUCGGACGGUGGAGGAUUUCUCCGACCAAUGGUGGGACCUCGUCCACUCCUCCCCCUGGUUCCGCGACUACUGGCUCCGCGAGUGCUUCCAAGAUCCCCAGUACCAAUACGACGACGUUUUCGACUUCGACUUUGACCUAGAUCUCCAAGAUAAAGAUGAAAAUGAAGGGAAGGAAGGGAAAGAGGUGGUGUCGUUGGGGGUGCUCAAAUGGCGAAGCUGUGGAGGAGGAUGGGCCGAAGCGCCGAGGUAUGUGGAAAAGGCCCCUAAGUUUGUGAAGCCCAAGGUGAGCCCACGGGCUAUUCACCAGCCCAGGUAGACGCCACCCGGCCCAUUCCCCCACCACCACCAGCUAUGUACAUAAAAAAAAAAAAGUGUCAAGCGCAAUGACUUCGUCUUUAGAGCUUUCUUUACAUUUUCCAGAUUUUUAUUUUCGUGUUUUUCUUCUUGUUACUCUGAUGUUCCAUAAAGAUAAACUCAAGUUUCUUUGAUGAUGAUAUUUGCGA